AUGCCUCAAGAGUUGGCACUCUUUGACGAGUUUACUAUCGAAGAGAUUCUCAUUUAUUACGGAAUUAUAUAUCAUAUGAAUCGUCAGGAAAUUGAUAAAAGAAUCGCGAAUUUGAGAGAAAUAUUGAAUUUACCGGAAAAGUCACGGAUUAUCAGUCGGUUAAGCGGUGGUCAACAGCGCCGGGUGUCGAUCGCCAUAACUAUGAUUCACAGACCGAGACUUAUUAUACUGGAUGAACCCACUGUGGGGGUCGACUCACUGCUCAGACAUAAGAUUUGGCAGCCAAACAGUGAUAAUAACGACUCAUUAUAUAGAGGAGGCCCGGAGUGCGGCUCAGGAUACAACUUAAUUAUUGGUGGUGAACUAAAUAAUAUGCCAGUUGCUUUAUAUAAUAACGAUGAACAACCUCAACAACUGUCCCGGAUGUUCAUCGACUCUAUUGAUGGCCAACGUAUUAAAUUCAAUGAAUACCAGGACCUCGAGAGUGCCGUCAAUUCCGUACGCAAUGGACGGCUGGCAAACACCUCCUCGAGUGUUGAGCACUGGUAUUCCGACAUGAGUUGGUUGGGCGCCGACUGUUUCAAUAUAGUGCCGGAGUUCAUGAACGCCACCUGA